CAGUUCAAAGUCGCCGCCAGCAGUCAAUACAGUUACGGUGAGGCACUUCCACAGCGCCAGAACCAUUUAGGAGCGCUCCCUAUCCAAAUGUAACAGUCAUUUCACUCCAAUCGCCGUCAAAUAGAAAAGUUUCUAUAUAUAUUUUUUUCUGGCUAUGGCAACGACCAAGCCGAGUUUUCUGGCGCAGCCGACUGUGAAGAGCGUGCGGGUUUACCGCAAUGGGGACCCGUUCUUCGCCGGCAGAAAAUUCGUGAUCAACGAGCGGCAUAUCUCAACGUUUGAAGCCUUCCUGAAGGAAGUGACCAGCGGGCUGGAGCCACCGUUCGGGGCUGUCCGGAACAUCUACACGCCGCAGCAGGGUCACCGCAUCUACCACCUGGAGGAGCUGGACAGCGGCAAGCAGUACGUGGCGGGAGGCAAGGAGAAGUUCAAGAAACUCGAUUACAACCAGAUAGGGAUAAAGAAGACAAAGCCAUUGCUGAAAGAUGCCCCGAUCAAGCCUGUUGCUCACAGUCGGAUAAUUGCAUCCGCAAGAUUUCGGAAGCUUACGCAAGAGCCGUGCACUAUUUGUGUGAUUGCAAAUGGAGACCUCCUAAAUCCAGCAAUCCGGCUGCUAAUUCCAAAGAGGAUACUUGGCCAAUGGGAACAAGUACUUGCCAGUAUCACAGAAAAAGUGAACCUUAGAACCGGGGCCGUAAGAAAGCUUCAUACAUUGGAUGGAAGGUCCAUCAAUGACGGCUCUGAACUUGAAAAUGGAGGAUAUUAUGUUGCAGUGGGCAGUGACAAAUUUAAGAAGUUGCCCUAUAAUGAACUUAUUUUCGAUAAAGCAUAUCCAAGAAGAACUAAUAGAUCAAAGGCUGCAUCACUUCCUCCAAUCCCAGGCUCAAAGAAGAAUAAAGAAAAUGGAGAUCGGCAAAUCCGUUCUACAGGGGCUGAAAGUGAAGUAUAUCCACUGAUCCUGUCACAAUCCCCAAAGAGGAAAGGAAAGAAGGAGCAAGUCUUAGCCAGAGAAGAACCCGUGUUCCGUGCAAAACCUAUCAAAGUGAAGCCCGACAAGAAUGGCAGUGGAAACCCAAAGCUCAGUCCUGAAAAUGAAAUCUGCGUGUUUAAAGCUUACGAGGAGAGGAGAGAGACCAUGGGUGCAAUGGAAGUUGAAGAAGAUAACCAAACACAAAUGGAGCUGCCUAUUGAUCAGAGGCCUGCAGAGAUUGUGGAAGAAGAGGAGACCUUACGAGUACGGUGUAAAGAAGGCAAUUAUGAUGAGGCAGAUGGUGAGUUCCAAAAUGUGGAAGAAGAAAAUUGUAAUGAUGGAUUUUACAAAGGAGAGAAACCAACGUCUCGUCAAAUAGAGGAAUAUCCUCAUUUGAAUGUGAAUCCAUGUGAAGAAGAGAAGAAUGGCAAUGAAAAUGAACCCAGCCCUCAGGUGGAAGAAGACAUUGUGGACAUUGUAGAGCAAGAGGUGGGAGAUGCACUUCAGUCGGAAGUGAAUCUUAAAGACAAAUAUUUUCAAAUGCAUAAUCUUCCUCUGAAAGGGGAGACCAUUGAGGAAAAUGAAGCUGAACCUCAGCUGCCAGAAGAAAUUGAUGACCUUACAGAGAAAGAGCAGAAGGGUGCUGAUCAGUUAGAAGAGGUUCCCAUGGAUAAAUAUAUUCCUCCCCAAGACCUUUCUCAUGAAGAGGAGACGAUAAUUGAUGAAAGUGAAGCUGAGCUUCAAGUGGAAGAGGGAAUUGCUGAACGUGUAGAGCAAGAGGAGGAAGGUGUUAAUCAAACAGAAGAGGGUCCUGAAAAUGACUACUUUCCUCCACAAGACCUUCCUAAUGAAGAAAAGAUGAUUGAUGAAAGUGAAGCUGAACCUCAGGUGGAAGAAGUUGUUGACCUUGCAGAGAAGGAAGGUGAAGAUCGGGCAGAGGAGAACUGUGAAGAAAGUCAAGACACAAAAGAGGAAUUCCAGAAAAAUGAUUUGGAUCAGAAACUGGAAGACGGUUCUGCAGAGCAAGAUUCUCCACUAGAAGAGAUUGAGGAUGAAAUAUUAUCUGCAUUAGAACCAAACCAGGAUGAUAAUAACCUGGAAGAAAUAUUAGCAAGUCCUGCAGAAAGCAUACCCAAACCUCUGGAAACAGAUGGAAAAGAAAUUAUUCAAUCGGCCACAGGACGUGCUGUCUUGGCUCUGUGAACUUACAGCACAUUACAAGUUGGCAAACAUAGCACAAUUCCAUACAUUUCAUUUUCUUCCCACCUUUUAUGUCAUGAUUACAGUUUCUCCCCUGGCUGGAACUGUGAAUUGAUAAGGACAAAAUUGUUUCAGUGUGCUGUUGUUGUUCUGUGGUUGGCCUGUUUAUAAUCAAGUACAUAUAAUUUUAAAUGAAGUGCAGGGAGUAUUAUGACCAGGGGACAUAAAUAUAAUUUUUCCCCAAUUAGGAAGAACUAUAUUUGGCCUUAUUUUUUAUUUCCAUUGUAAGCUCUAAUGCCCAUGUUUGUUUUGAAAACUACCUAUCCAAAUUCCUCAAGUUGUAAUUGUACCCUCCUUGGCUAUGGGAGAACCGUCGUGCUUCUCCCAGUUGGAAGGCUGGUUACCACAUAACUUGCUUAUGUUGGUAGUUCCUAUUAAAACGGGAGCAAGGAAAUAGUAUUGAUAAAAUUUAAAAUAGCCUGUUUUCAAUUAUAUUUUAGAGGUUCCCGCAAAAUCUAAGUAGGAAAUGUGAAAUGAACAAAUAUUCCAAUCCAGAUACUCCAACAAAACUAAAUCUCUGUUGAGAGAUUUGUACUUUGCUUUCUGAAUUCCUGGAGCAACAAUAAAGGUACAACUAUCACUAGGAUUGGUACGUGAUUACACGUUGGCAUAUAUAUAUAUAAAAUAAGUCAACAAGUAUGAGUUUUUGUUUUGUUGUACAUUUUCUUAUCUAUUAUGACUUAUAGAAGUCACAUUUAAUGCCUGCUGCCCAGUAUGAUAUUUGUCGGCUGUUUAGUUGAAUCAGCUAUGGGUGAUAUGCUGUGGCCACAUGCUACACACUGUACAGCAGAUGAGAUGAAAUAAUGAAAACACUGUGGCAAAAGUUAAGGAUCGACGACUCCAAUUUCCCUGCUUCAAAAAAUUAAGCUUCAGCACUUGCGAGAUAAUGAACUAACCAUGCCAAUGGAAGAAUUAGCUAAUGAUUUUUUGAACAAAUUGCUACUGAUGUAGAGUUGGUGCUUCAAUGCAAGUGCUGAUGAUGUUGCUACAUUUAAUGCUCAGCAUGGGUGAACAUGCUUUUUUUGUGGGGAUUCAUCUGCAAGGCUGGUAGAAAGAAGAUGAUAAUGUCAAAAUAUUCCAAUGCCCUUCAAGGAUUUCUAAAGCUCUGCCUUUAUAUCAAAGGCAUAAAAGAUAAAUGUUUAAUGGAAUAAAUUAUUUGUUCAGAUAAACUUUCCACCAGUUAAGAUGAAUGUGAUUAAGCCAUAUUUUAUGUUCCUUGUGGGUUGUUGCCAUUGCAAGCAUUUAUAUCUCUCCAUGUUUGUCUCCAAUUAUUCAUGAGAAGGUGCGGCGUCACCUUUCUGAGCUACUGCUGCCGCUUAAUGACAUAGACACGCGGCUUGCUUGGUUGUUUCUGAGGCACAGCAGCUAAAUACAACCGGAUCAGGCAAGAGUAACAGAUUACCAUCUCCAAAGGAUCUAAGUAAAGUUGUAGGUGCUUUUGUUUACAACAAUCCAAAAGCUUAACAGUUACCAGUUAUGAAUAUAUGCAUCUUACACCAUUUAAAAAAUAGUGAAUUACCCAUGUGAAUGCUGUAUCCACCUUACAUUUUGUGCUGUAUUCUAUGUUACUUCAAAUGGACGGACUGUGACAGGUACUUUUGAUACCAUUUCUAAACAUGUUGAGGUAAUUAGUGAUUUCACUGCAAACCACUAUUUAAAAGAUUCUUAGAUCCUUGCAGCCUUCUUUCAUCCUUCAGUAUGUCACUUUGAUUAGAUUCCAGAACUAUUCUUGGCAUAAUUGGGAUUGAUGGAAUUGGAGGGAAUAGUGAGGCAGAACAUAUAGAAAUGUUUAACAGUGCAGAUUCACUCAGCUGCGCUUAGUUCACUGUGCAGUGCAGGGAAAGGCAGCUGGGCAUUGUAAGUAUCAAAUUCGACACUGUGGCACUUGCGGGUUUUCUUUCAAAGUCAAUGAAUCUGUGGCCAUUAGUACUAAGUAUGUGGGAGAUAGGUAAAUUUUAUUUUACUUUGUAUGUUUUAUGAUCUAUGAUGUAUCAUUUAAAAAAUGAGGAAGAGAAAGGCAGCAGAUUAUAAGAUAUCUAAGCAAACAUCACUGGGUCAAAUGAAAAAUCUAUAAAAGUCAAUUGAAUUGGGAUAAUAGAAAGGAUAUUUCAAGCAAACUGUGCGAGUAGAUUUGAAAUGAAAGCAAAAUAUUGUGGGAAUACAACAGAGUGAAGUCUGUCCUGGACAGUUUGGAAUUGAUCAUCCAUUUUACAUUCUGGUUAAGCAUUGAUUCCAAUUAAUCUUAAGACCACAGAACUAUUGGGUUAAUGAUAGCACCCUCUUCCAACCCACCCACUCCCAUCCCUGAAAUUAAAUAUUGAAGACAAUUUUCUUUCAAAAUCAUGUUAUGAGUCUAUUUCUUGUUUCAUUCUGUGCAACAAUGUCAACCCAAUACAAGAUCUAAACCCAUGACUGGAACUUCUUCCUUGGUCAGAUAUAAUUGUGAUCUUUAAAUGUCACUGCCUUUUCAGUUUCACUUUAUGGGCAUGUUGUAGUGUAAAUGCUGAACAAUGGACUGAGAGCAAUGGAUCACAUCUUCUGUCUGGGUUCGGGUCCAGAUCACAAAGGGAUUAUAUUCUAAAUUGUUGUGUUAUGCAGCCAAGCUCAUCCAAAAGGAUCUUCAGAAUUUAAAUGAGGCACUCUACCUUUGCCCUUAAUCAAGCAUUGCAUGUGCAAUUAUUGCCAGCCAAUGGUGAAAGUUGCUUUCUAAACCAUUGUUUUAUUUAUUUCAGUUGUCCAGUGACCAGGUUUAUUACCCAUCGUGAUAGAGGGCAAGGUUCCCAACUGAUAGAAAUGUAAAAUAUUGCUUGACAGAAUAAAACCUAACUUAUUAUCCUUUCACAUGUUUCUCUCACUAGGUGUAAUAGAUUAUUGGCCUGAGUAAUUAACACACUAUUAUUGAUGUAAUAUCUUGUAAUUUCCUUUGUACGUUGUUAAUGUUUCAACUGUAGUCACUGUUAAAACUGCAGAACUCAUCAUAGUUGCUUAGUGAGGGGAAAAAAACUGUUCUUAAGAUUUUGCACAUAUUAUAGAUGUUACACCAAUGGCAUUAGGGUGAUAGCAUUCAUCAUUGCCUUUCAGACUGUGUAAAUAAACCAUCCUUUAUUGACAUUAAUGUUUCCUAGAAACUAGUAUCUGUAUAAAAUGCAUCAUUCAUAUUGACACAUUAAUGCUAUCAAUAUUUCCUUGGCAAGUUGAGUUAUAAUGUGCUCUAUUUUAUAUUUCAUUACUGCACUGUAAAUAAAGUGAC